AUGCUCAUGCCACCGUCAGGCUACAUACUUGCGAUCGAUCAAGGAACCACUGGCACCACCGCCCUGCUAGUUGACGGCUCCGGACGGGUCGUCUGGCAGGCCUACCAAGAAAUCACCCAGAUUUACCCCCAGCCCGGCUGGGUAGAGCACAACCCCAACGAGAUCUUCGAUUCCGUGAUGGAAACUGGUCGAAGAGCUGCUCGAAGCCACCGAGAUUAG